AUGGCUAAUUCAAUACAUCUUGCUCUCUUGUCCUUCCUCUUCCUCGCUGCCGUCGGCUCUUGUUCGGCCUUCAACGUAACCCAGGUCUUGGGCCCGCUGAGGCAGUUCAGCACCUUCUCCAACUACCUGGCCCAGGUCGGCGUCGUCGGAAUGAUGACGAACCUGAAGAACGUCACCAUCCUCGCCGUCGACAACGCCAACAUGGGCUCCAUCUCCGGGAAGUCACGUGAGGAGAUCAAGCGGGCGAUGACAAUGCACGUGAUCCCCGAGUACUACGACUUGGACCGCCUCAGGAGUUUGGAAAACGGCACCGCAUUGAUCCGCACCAUUUACGUCCUGACGGGACUGGCCAGGGGCAAAGAUGGAAUGUUGCUGGUGACCAAGAGAGGGAAAGGCGGUCGGAUUUCCUUCGCCAGCGCGAUUCUUCCCCGAUCCAAGCCCAGUACCGUCACUCUCCUCCGAUCCGUCGUCGUUCCGUCGCUUAAUGUGUCAAUCUUCCAGGUCAGCGGCGUGAUUGUUUCCCCACCGCCCGUCGUCAGCGUCGCCAGUGAGGGGGCCGGCGCCGACUCUGCCGGCCGGAUUGCGGUGUCGAGCAAAUUGGUGGCGCGGCGGGAGUUUCCGGCGGUGAACAAGGCGGGGGAUUUGAAUCAGGUGUUCAUGCCGAAGACAUUGAAACCAGACGGCGACGAGGAGAAGGAGGAGGAGGAUGAUAUCAAAACGUCGGAGAAGGCGGCGUCGAAAGGCGAUGAAGAGAGUGCUCCGGCGAAGGCUCCGUCCAAGGCUCCGUCCAAAUCCCCAUCCAAGAACGCCUCCCCGCCGAAGAAAUCGCCGGCGAAGGCUCCGUCGCCCUCGAAAUCGUCGAAUUCCACCUCCGGGGGGAAGAAGGGGAAAUCGACGGCGCCCGCUCCAUCGCCGUCGUCGGACUCUCCCGCUCCGGCUCCGUCCAAGAAGAAGAAGAGCGACAGCCCGUCGCCGGCGCCGUCGAAGGACGCGCCAUCGAAGUCCCCCGCGGCGUCGAAGUCUCCCAAGGCGGCGAAAUCCUCGGAACCAUCGCCGGCAGACUCUUCAUCCGACGAUUCCCCGGCGCCUUCCAAGUCGAGCAAAGGCGGCUCGUCGUCAGAAUCUCCGGACAGCAGCUCUUCCCCAUCGCCGUCCGACGACUAUUACGCGAAAUCGUCUCCUCCCGCGCCGGCCAAGGGAUCGGAAUCCCCCAGUGCGGAAAGCCCAUCCGACGAAGCCGAAGCGCCGGCGGAAGCACCUUCUGGUGGUGCGUCUCCGAUGAGCGUCACCAAUGUUGGGAUCAUGAUGACGGUGAUGGCUUUGUGGGCCCUGGCCGCGUAG